AUGGAUCGCGCCAAAAAGGUGGAGAAGUAUGUGGACUCCCUGGUGGUGGAGGACCUGAACCACCGUGGUCGUGUGACUCCUGUUCUGCCUGGCGAGGACCGCCUCACGCACGAGGACUUCACACGCAAAAGAAAUCACAUUUUACAGACGCGUCCAAAGAAUUACCUCGAGGGUGCUGAGGAAAUCAUCUCUCUGGAGUCACCGACUCCCGCACGCCGCACGGAGGUGGAUCUUAGGGCUGAGCAGGACGCCAGGAGGAGCGAGAUGAGGCUUGAGGGCAUCCACUACGUCCCUCAGCGGCCCCCAGUGUUGACUCAGGACAGCUUCACCGCGCCAGCCACUGUGAUGUCGCCGGAGGAUUACGAGGACUACAUUGGGGAACCGGUGGAGAAAGACUACCCGGAACUGGCGGGCCCAGUCGAAUCGCCCAGACCUGCCACACCUGUUUCCCCCCCACCUCUACGGCCCCCAAGAACCUGUCGCCCCAGAGCCAGAGGAAAUCCCACAGUACUACUGCGAGGAACCCCCUCCCGCCCCGGAGCCUGCCCCACUGGCCGUGGAGGAGCCCACACCUCGGGUCCUCUCUCAGGAUCAGCCUCGAUGAACUUCAUGGACGAUCACAGCCCCACUAACGGUAACGGUGACUUCUAUCGCCGCUGCGUAGCCAGGUGUCCCCGCCAGCCCCCCAGACCCGCCUGCGGUAGUUUUAGCCUAACCUCCUCCUGUAGCCCCGCCACCACGCCCAGCGGUUGUAGUAAAGGGUUGCCGCGUAGUCCCCCAAUCCACCUCCUGAACAAUAAUGAAAGCAUUAAUAGUUUCGCUAGCCACUUUAGGACUAGUUGCGUGGCGAGUAGUGACCUAGUGAGUGGUGGUGAGAGGCGGCCAAAGAGAACCGUGAGUGUGAGUAGUUCCUCCGCCAACGACUCCUCCAGGAACAACAGUACAAGUGCUUCUGAACACAGUAGUAUGUCUAUAAGUAGUGCGUCGAGUAGUGUGUCGAAUGUUAACAAAAACAGAACCAAGCUCUUUCUGCCGACGAGUACAACGAGUUUACCCGAGAUCUCAGUAGAGCCCCCAACCCCCCAGGCGCCCAAGCCUAAGGACGUCAUUGAUCGCGAGAACAAGAUCAAGUACGACCUGCUGGUGCCGGGCUACCGCAGUAUGUUCCUCACCGUGCCCGGCGUAGACGACGACUGUAGCGAUAGAUUCCUCCCCAAAUAUUCCCUUGACAGCGACGAUGACGAUGACAGUAGUAGUGAGGAAGACGAUGAUAUUGUUCAUAAACCAAAGGUUUUGGGCUCCCUCACAGGUCUGGCUGAGGGCCGCGGCCUGAAACGGUACGGCAGCAGCUGCGACAUCGCCAAGCUAGCCAAGGGCUUCCCUGAGGAGGAAGCGUACCAACAGUACAUCCAGGACGACUACUGCAAUGACGACUACAACGGGAACGUCAACGCCAACAACCGCAUGUCUAAGGUUGGCGGCACUGGGUCCGGUCCCUUCGUGGCAGGUAAGCUGGCCAUGUUCGAGAAGGUGGUGGAGGAGGAACACCAGAAGUUCAUUGAGGGCCAGGAGGUGAGGAAGAGGAUCUUCCGCGCGCCAAGGAAGAGCGGCGAGUACAUCGAGAAGUUCUACAGUCCCCAGGUCAUCAGCAGCAUCGACGCGAGGGCAAUCGACAGGAACCACAGUCCUCCCUACGAGGACGAGUAUGACAACCUGGACCACUCCAGGCCUUGCACUCCCAGGGGUGUGGAGACGCCCUAUGGGGGCCACACAAGUCCGCGCCGCACCUCAACCUCCAACUACACGUAUCGCUCCUCAGACUCCAGCAACGUGUACACCAGCAAACCCUCCUCACCACUGCCUCGCGCCAUCUCCCCGCCCACCAAAUCCAUCUCACCCCCUCUGCCAAGCAGCCUCUCUCCUCCCAGAGCCAGGUCACCCUCCCCUGUGGCCAAGUCCCCCUCCCCCGUAGCCAGAUCUCUCUCCCCACCAGGCAGGUCUUACUCCCCCUCAGUCAGGGCUCCAUCCGUGGCGGCCAGCACUAACUACCACGAUGACUACGACUUGUACCCAGAGAGACCGAUGUCGCCCACCUCUACCCUUUACAAAGCUGAGACACGCCAGGUGACGCCCGCCCACGGUGGCACCAGGCUAGGCUCCGGCAGCGAGCCAAGGACGAGUCCAGACGUCGGCAAUCAGCGCCUCGGCUACCAGGAGAGCCUCGAGCGACGCACUGACGAGGUGCUCGAGAUGCUGGAUAUGAGUUACCUGGACGAGGCGCCUGCACCCUCACGCCUUUCACGCUCCUCUGCCUCGCCUCCUCCUGCAGGUGGCCGAGAGGAGGUGACCAGGAGCAGCGCGUCGAGGUCACCGCCACCUGACCUCUCCGGUGACCAAUUAGAUGACGUGUUUGAGAUUGAGGAGGAGGAUGUCAUGGGCUCAACUACUUCACUUAGGGGGCAGAAAAAGCGAUCUGCCCCACGCCCGCCCACGCCUCCCCACGGGGCUGCCGCGUCGCCCCCCGCCGAGGGUAAACUAGGGGCGUUCUUCAAGGGGAAACUCGGUAAGGAUUCCUCUGCCCCAAAAGAGAAGAAGGAGAAGAAGAAGGACAAGAAAGAUAAGAGCAAGGAGAAGGAAAAGAAGGAGAAGGUGAAGAAGGAGGAGAGAGGAGCAGCAGGAGGCGCCGCAGGAGGGAAGAGAUUCCAGCUCUUUGGCGGCAAGAAAGCAAGUGAACCACAGAGUCCGACACAGGACAGUCCACAAGCCUCACCCAAGAAGGACAAGAGUGGAGGUAAACGUCGUCUCUUUGGUCGCGGUAAAGAAAACUUCCUAGGGCGCUCUCCACAGACGCAACAGACCCCAGACUCGCAGGUGGCGCGCAUGACCGGGGGUUCCUUUGAUCAAGAGUCCGUCAGUUUAGAAGAUGACGAGUUCUUAUGAGCGAGGCGGAGGAAGAGAAACACAUAAGAAACGAGGAAAAUAACCGGUCUUUGAGGAGAAAAUAAGACACAUGAAGAGAAGAGAGAAAUAAGAAGAGAAAUAAGAUGAAAUACAGGUGACGAAAACAAGGAAGAGGAAAGGAGAGGAAAAAUGAAGUCGUUGAAGGGAAACAGAUAAGAUAGUAAAAAGAGGGAAAUAUAAGAAGAGAAGAAAGAUACAAGGAAAUUAAGAUAAAGAAAACAUGGAAGGAGGAAAGGGAAAAUAAAUGAAGUUACGAAAGAUAAAGAAGUUUUAGCCGCCGAAGAAGAGAGAGGAACUGUAGGAAUGAAGUAUAAAGACGAAACAAAGGAUGGAUGAAGAAAAGGAAAAUGGAAGGAGGAAUUAAGAGGAGGGAGACGCGGCCACUAUUUAUCGCGAAGAGGAUAACAAGGAAGGGAAAAAUGGAGGUAAAAUGGAUGAUGAAGGAAAGGGCGAAACGUGAACAAUUUCAGGUCAAUUGUUUGUUUCGCUGUGUGUGUGUGUGUGUGUGUGUGUGUGUGUGUGUGUGUGUGUGUGUGUGUGUGUGUGUGUGUGUGUGUGUGUGUGUGUGUGUGUGAGUUGUACGUUACUGUGUUCAAGCGUCCUACCUCCCUCCCUCCACACACACACACACACACACACACACACACACACACACACACACACACACACACAGAGGGAGGUGGAAUGUCAACAAGAGGAACAUAAAGAAUCAAAUCUUAUAAGCCUCCAUCAAAAGACGCUUAGAACCUACAAAUGAUCUGUUUAUAGCAUUGGUUUCCCUAUAGAGACCCCAAACCUGUGUGAUCUCUUUGUUGUCAGAGGGUUAGGAUUAGUGUGUGUGUGUGUGUGUGUGUGUAUGUCUGUAGGUUUUCUUUAACUGUCUUAAGGUGUUUCACUUAUUUGUGUACAUAAGAUGAUUUUGGUGUUCAUAUUUAACCAUCUUAGUAGUCUUUACCUUCUUCCCUCGCGCCUCGUCCCCUUAGCAGGAGUAAGGGCGACUUGAGGCGACGCUCUGAGUUGAUCAACAGGGCGAGGGAUUCUAGUGCUAAUAAAUAUGAUAGCUGUAGUCACUCCUCCCGCAACCCUGAACGUUAAGUAAGGGUGAUGCAGACGUGACGGUUUUCUAUCGUCACUGACACUGAAGAUGCUGUGACGAUUGGUGACUCUAAUGCUAGUGAUACUGAUGCUGUAGUGACGUAGGUGGUUUGUAAGGAGCAAGGCGAUGCGUGAUGAUUCUCUCGCCUGGCUCUUCUGUAAAGAUUGAGAUUCAUUAUUAUCAUACUGGUGAUCCCUACACUCAUCUCUUUCCUCUUCCUCUCCCUCGCGCCUUCCCGAUGGCUGCAGUGAGCGCCGCAUUCAAGGAGCACUUCUUGCCCCGUAUAUGUUAAUUGACGCGAGUAUGUUAUAAUUAUUCUCGCCAGUUUCGUUGUGUUUUGAAGAUUUUCGCAAAUACCGCAUUUUUGUUCUUUGCACUUUGAUUUCCUUGACAUUCCACACUGGGCCAUAGUGUGUGAAGUGAAGACAGUGCUGGGUGUGAUUCCAUGCGUGGUUGCAGAAUUACAUGCAUGACUACCAUGUUCAAAUUGAGGUUUGUUUUGCUUAAGGAGACUGGUUCAUUCACAGCCCAGUGGCGAGUGUGAUGCAGCGCGUCACUGUCACUGCGGCUGUGCUGUAGUGCUACCGUCGUGUCUGCAGGGAAGAAGUGUAUCGGAGCUCGUCCGUUUUAGCAACCAUCAAAGAUUUACGGGUCAUCCGGACAGCUGACAUUUCCUGGCCGGAUCUUCCUUCCCGGCACACGACGCGCAAAGCAGACCAGGAAUAGAGUGAGGCAGAGUGAUGGCUUGGCUUAGAAUGACCGCUGUGUGAACUUGUGAGGGAGAAUACUUAAGGUGAAGGUGAAUGUAAUCAGGUAAACCUGUAGUGCUUCACAUCACUAGGGGACUGAAACUCCACACUUGACACUGCCGGCCAUAGCGAAAAGUCGAUAAAAACACACCUUGUAAUUAUUACCUUAAAGGAAUUUUUGAAGGCGUAAUUAAACCAGUUAUUAUUGAUGUAAAACAACAACAGAGCCUUGAAUAAAUUGCGUAGACUCUUUAACAACACAAUUUAUCUUCACUAAUAUCAUUUCCUUGUCAACGAAAUUAAUGUCACCGCAAUGACCUGAAUAAUCUAAAAUUUUGAAACCUUAUCCUGGAAAACUAAGAAAUACAAAUUAUACAUCGUGAGAGAACACUGUGGGAUGACCGCACAUUUAUUCCCCUCACUUUCACUUCACUCGCUCGCUCUCCUCUCACCAUUCACCUGUCCUUCCCUCACCACUCUCCCACCCUUCCCUUGCACUGAGCGGCGCGUUCUUCCACUGGGGCUUAUGUGAAAUAUAAACCUUUAGCUGGAAGAAAUGUAGGUUUUGUUGCCGUUUUUGUUGAGUUCGUCUUUAUAACCCUUACUUUACACACUAACAUUUUUUAAAAGUAUAUGUAUUAUGUAUCAUUUAUGUAUAUCCACUAUGUUCGUUAUCCUCUCCCUCUCCCAGUCCCUCAUCAUGUAUGGAUUGAAAUAUCCUUAUCUCAUCUUGUAUACAUCACUUUUCCAUGUAUAAAAAGAUAUAAUACAGGCCACGUGAGCCUUAUAUACAUAUGCAUAGAUAUACAGAUGAUUUUUUCCAGUCUAUUUAUUCAGGUUUUGUCGUAUUUGUAUACUGUAAGUACGUAGGUGUAAGAUUGCCUCGUGUAUAUAUGUAUGUCUCUCGUUUUGACGUGCCUCUGCCUUCCUGUUGCAUUGUUGAAGUUAAUACUAAUCAUACAUACACUUCUCGACCGAUCUGCCCGCGCCGUUUGGAUUUUUAUAUCGAUAUGUAUAGAUGUGGAUUUUUGGUGUGUGUCUCCUUAUCCUUCCCUGGGAGUGAGUGAAGCACCGUUCCUUGUGUUGAGUGAAGAAUGGUACGUACCUCUUGUAUAAUGUUCAUGUAUUUUUCGCUAUUGUUAUUGCUGCUUCUGCUGCUUCAAUUACUAAUGCUGUUACUACUACUACUACUGUUACUACUACUACUACCAUCAUUGCUACUACCACUAUUGCUACAGUUAGUACUAUUUAUUAUUACUGCUACUACGCCUUUCUCUCUCUCUCUUUUUCUUGCUAGUUUUCCCAAGUUUCCCCUCAAAAUAUAUAAUCGAGGGAACGUUUUCCUUUAUAUUCUUACCAGUCCGGUUUUUAUAACGAAGAAAACGGACUGCGUGCUUUAGACUUAUUACAACUUAUACUGCUAACUCAUCAACCCCAAGCCCCCGUUUUCUCUUCCUCUCUCCUCCCCCUUUCCCUUCUCCCUCUCCCUCUCUCAUCUCCCUCCUUCCCCUGCAUUUCCAAGGGACUCUAAGGGACCAAUCUUGAACUCUAUAUAAUCUGAGAAGCAAUAAACGUUGACCUUA